AUGGGGAAGACCUUUCGCAAGAUUCACAUCAGUUUGGCCGGCGAUUUCGGACCAAUGUCUGAAAAGAUCAAGCAGUGGGUUGAGGCCAAUGGCGGUGAAUUUUCAACACAGCUUGAGAAGGAUGCAACAACUCAUCUCAUCGCGACUAAGGAUGCAUUUCGGAAGCGUGAUGCAGCAGUCCAGCAGGCUCGCAAAAUCGCAGGUUUGAAAAUUGUGAAACUGGAAUGGCUUGAAGAUUCCCUUCUGUCCAAAAAGAGGCGGCCCAAACGCGAGACUGAAUACCUGUGGUAUCAAACACGAGGGACUCGUAAGCGGGAUACAGUGAAGAAAACGAAUGCCGUGAUGGAUAUGGAUGCUGUGGACCCGGCUGGUUUGAAGAAGCCACACCGUACUCGUGGCCCAGGAAAUGAAGUUGAUGACCAUCAUAUAUUUACCGACUUUGAAGGAUUUCGUUAUCUUGUGACACUUGUGCGCCCUCUCGAAGAUAGCAAGCUCAAAGAAAAACAUACACUUCAACUCUAUGAAUCCGAUUCAAACCCUCAUACAUAUGCAACAUUCGUGGAAUAUAGUUGUGUGGGAAGGACAGGGUCUGCUUUUCUUGCCCCGAUUGAAAGCACGUGGGAGAUUGCUUUGGAGGCUUUCACUAAGUUUUUUAAAGCCAAAUGCGGGAAACAAUGGGAGAAGAGAAUGGCCAGCACAGAGCCUUUGCCGCGGAAAGAUAGAGAAGGAUGUGUCCUACCCAGUAGCGAAAAUUGGUUUAGAAAUGCUGAUACCGACAUUAAGUGUUGCUGUGCAUCUCUUGAUGAAAAGGAGAAGGAGUCCCAGGGGGCUGAAAGAGACCAACACCCCUAG